UUGGCAAAUCAGAUUAAGCUGAGGUUGUUUCAUGUCUCUCUGCGCCCAAAGCUAAGAUCAUUGAGAGCCACGAAUGUGAGUAGCAAGUCUGCCUGGCAUGGAGGAAAUGUAUGAUGUCAUUGUUUUGGGGACAGGGCUAAAGGAAUGUGUAUUAUCGGGAAUCAUGUCUGUGAAUGGCAAGAAGGUUUUGCACAUAGAUCAGAAUGAUUACUAUGGAGGAGAGACUGCGUCUAUUACUCCCCUGGAAGAGCUAUAUCGAAGGUUUAAUGUUAAUGGACCCCCAGAACCAAUGGGCAGAGGGAGGGAAUGGAAUGUGGAUCUCGUACCAAAGUUCCUUAUGGCUAAUGGACAGCUGGUGAAGAUGCUUCUCUACACAGAAGUCACCCGAUACAUAGACUUCAAAGUUGUAGAUGGGAGUUAUGUCUACAAAGCUGGCAAAAUUCACAAAGUCCCUUGCACAGAGGAAGAAGCUUUGGCUUCUGACCUAAUGGGCAUCUUUGAAAAGAGGCGUUUCCGAAAGUUCCUUCUAUUUGUGGUGAACUUCAAUGAUCAGUGUGCAAACACUCAGUAUGAUUUUGAUCCGACAAAGACGACCAUGAGAGAAUUAUAUCGGAAGUUCGAUUUAGGUCCAGAAGUCAUGGCUUUUACUGGUCAUGCCCUGGCCUUGUACAGAACGGAUGACUACUUGGACCUUCCAUGCUUAGAAACAAUAAAUCGUAUUAAACUGUACUGUGAAUCACUGGCCAAAUACAGUAAAAGCCCAUAUCUUUACCCUCUCUAUGGACUAGGAGAACUUCCACAAGGAUUUGCCCGGCUGAGUGCUCUGUUUGGUGGGAUAUAUAUGUUAAAUAAGCCUGUGGAUGAGAUCCUUAUGAAAAAUGGACAAGUAGUUGGAGUAAAGUCAGAGGGAGAGAUUGCUCACUGCAAACAGCUGAUUUGUGACCCCAGUUAUGUGCCUGAUCAAGUCAAGAAGACUGGUCGGGUGAUAAGAGCCAUUUGUAUUCUCAGCCACCCGAUCCGAGACACCAACGAGUGCACCUCGUGUCAAAUCAUCAUACCUCAGACUCAGGUUAACCGAAAAUCAGAUAUCUAUGUCUGCAUGGUCUCCUGCUCACACUGCGUGGCAUCAGAUGGGAAAUACGUGGCUAUAAUAAGCACAACGGUGGAAACAGAGGCUCCAGAGAAAGAGAUCCAGCCAGCCCUGGAGCUACUGGAGCCUGUUGAUCAGAAAUUUGUGUCCAUAAAUGAUCAAUUUAAACCAAAGCUUGAUGGGACAAAAAAUCAGAUCUUCAUUUCCAGAUCAUAUGAUGCCACCACAAACUUUGAGACAACGUGUGAUGACAUUAAGGACAUGUUUAGGAGAAUGACAGGUGCUACCCUGGACUUCAGUGACAUGUGGAGUUCCGACAACUCAGAUUUCCAAUAAUAAUUGUACUGUUAUUUUUUUAUAAAAUAAUUUGACUUUGCUUUUGUUCUUUAAAAUUGCCUUUAUUCUAUCACGUUGUAAAAUGCAUCUGGCCUCUGCCUCUUUCCUCAUGUGGAACUUAAUCAUUUCAGUAAUGUUUACUAUGUUGGACUAUUUUGGAAUUUUUGUUUAGGCAACCCUUUGACCACGAUUUGCCAACAGAAAAGUUACAGAUAGACAUUGCUGUAUCAGUAUUUCUGCUAUGAUUCUAAGAUUAUCAAACCCUAACAAUCCUGUAUCCCAAAUCUCGUUUUAAUUAACCUUCAAAUCAGAGUAUCUACCAAAUCUCAUCCUAAGUAAGUCUUCAGCUUUAGUCUUGUUAUCUAUUGUUCUGGGACCCAAUGCAGGAGCAGCCCCAAGGUUUGUGAACUACUAGAGUCUACUGCAACACUGAAACCAGUCUUUCCAAGACUAUGAAGUCACUGUCAGUUGUCAGGCUUGCUUUCAAUAUCGAUGAGACCUAAGUUGACUCUCUGUUCCUUGUGUAGAAACAAUAAUAUUUUAUACAGAAAAACUAUUUACAUUCAUCCUGAAACCAUGCUAUGGUCUAAUAUUGAUUUUUUCCAAUAAAAUAUUUAUCUUC